CUACUCCAUGCUGACCACACGGAGCUGCCAGUAGGGGGCAGGUUCGUCUGGCGCUAUGAUCUGCCUGAGCUCCCCCUCUCUCAUCUGCGCCAACGCCUCACGCUCCCACCCACCCCGCGGCCAAUCAAGCACACAUUUCACCACCCCACGGAAAUCGAAGUCUUUGUCCUGGCCGUCGAAUGCGUCGCGCCACGAAAUCCAGUCGUACUUGAUGCGCAAAUUGUUGAUGCGAUCCAUGAGUCUGGGCAGUCUGCCGGUGCCCUCCUGCACGACCUUGUGGUAUGCGCCACUGGGAUACAGCUUGAAGCCAUCAGGAAUGUUGAUGCCGCUGCUAUCCUCAUAGACGAAAUGGCCGUCCAGCAGCCCGACGACGCGGUCACCAUCGCAAUUGACGUACUUCUUCUUGCCGCCACCCGUCGCCUGCACAGCGAAGGGCCGUAGUGUGUGAGCUGUCGAUGAGGGCGUAGUGUGUCUUAUGUAUCAGGCAGGUACCUGGGCAGCAGCACGCCGUGGGCGACGGACCUCCUCACUCUCCUCGUCCUCUACGUCCUCCAUGCGAUCGUCCUCAUCCUCAUCAUCCUCAGAACGCUGCUGCUCAUCACACACACACACACACACAUACAGGGAGAGAGACAGAGUGGUGAGAGUGCGGUUGGAGUGUAGUGUGAUCUGACCUUGGGUGGCUUCUUGGGUGGGAUCUUGGGUGUCUCCUUCUUGGGCGUGUCGCUCGACUCAUCUUCACACACACACACACACACAGACACGGGCACUCGAAGGGCGAUCUGGCGCAGAGUGCACGGUUAUGCCGUACCAUCGUCGUCGUCCUUGCGUUUGUUCUUUUUGCCCGCCGCCGCCGCCGCUGCCGCCGCUGCUGCUGCAGGCUUCUGAUCCACACACACACACAGACACACACACACACACACACAUAGACACACACGACUAAUGGCGAGGCGAGAUGCAAGAGUGUCCUUUGCUGCUGCAGGUGGACUGCAGUUGGCAAAGAGGCUGGCAGGCUGACCUUGUCGGCGGCCUUUUUGGGUUUGGCGGCAGCAGAAUGGGGGGCCUUCUUGUCAUCCUCAUCGUCAUCGUCAGCGGAAAACUGACACACACACACACACACACAGAGAGAGAGAGAGAGAGGGAGGCACACCUGUACUCUGUGUGGGCACUGUGUGUGUUGUGUGUGUGUACCAGGUCAUCGUCGAAGAAUGACUUGCCCUUGUCCUUCUUGCCCUUGGCGUCCUCCAACUUCGGAAUGCCUGCACGCACACACACACACACACAGAGAGAGAGAGAGAGAGUGGGGGAGUGGGCAUGUCACACGUGUGGCUAGCUGGCUGACCAACCGGUGAGCUGCCUCUGUCCCUUGGUGCCGCCGGUCUUCAUCUUGCGCUGCAGAUCUAAGGUCUUAUUGCCCUCAGCCUUCACACAGACAUACACACACACACACACGGCAUGGGAGGGUCGGUGAGUGAGUGUGUGUGCAGCCGUACCCAGAGCAGGACGUUGUCGACGAUGCCCGAGUUGCAGACCUGCUUGAGGGCCUUGUCAGAGAUGGUGAACGUCGACCCGAACUUGGCAGGCUUGGUCGUCAGCGUCUCCUGCACACAGAGAGACACACACACAGAGAGAGAGAGAGAGAGAUGUGGGGACCUAAGGCGCGUGUGUGUGUGUGUUGGGUGUGUUGGGUGCCUUGAUUUGCGAGUCGAAUGCUGGGUUCUCGAUGAGGCAGUUGAUGAACACCAUCAGGUGAUUCCUGCCCCACACACGCACACACACAAACAGACACGCGCAGCGAUGGCUGUGCCCUCUGUCUGUCUGUCUGUCUUUGGGUGUGUGUGGGUGUGAUUGAUUGCGUACUUGAUAUGCAUGUUCUUGACCUCAACCCCGUUUCUGUUCUUUAGCGACACCUGCACACACACACACACGCACACACACGCACACAGAGAGAGAGAGGGAGAGAGAGGAGGGUGAAUGGAAGGACAGACAGACGGCGCCUCUGUGUGUGUGUGUGUGUGUGUGGAUCUGCCAUUGCACCGGCCGACAGGCGCACCUUCUUGGAGAUGGCGUUGCACAGCUGGUCCACCACGUAGGCCACGUGUGUGCCGCCCUUGAUGGUGGCGACGCUGUUGACGAACGACACCUGGCCAAACGAACCCUCUGACACACACAAGGGGAGGGAGAUAUCGGCGGAGUGGUGGUGUGUUUCCUCUAUUUCGUGUGUCGUGUGUGUGUGUGUGUGUGUGUGCUCACCUGAGAGGGUGACGACGACCUCCCACCUCUGGCCCUUCUCGUGGAUCUUGGGCAACUCAGCCUGCCUGCACCCACCACCCACACAGCAAAGCAGCCGCCUGGUGAUAUUCGUCCAGGUGUGUGAGUUUGGUCGCUUGAUCGCUCACUCACUUGUCGGGAAUGUACUUGUCGACGUACUCCUGGAACUAGCCGCACUUGAGCCGGGCCUUGUUCAGGUACACCUUCACACACACACACAGUGUGUGGGACGGGUCGGUUGUGUCAGGCCGACCUACCUUGAGGCUGCCAGCGUGAACGCCCGCUAGAUCCCACACACGCUUGGUCAUCAACGACAGCAAAUCGUCGUCCAACCUAAGGCCCACGCCCGCCCACACCCACCGCAAAACCACAGCACGUCUGAGUGUGUGUCUGUGGUCUGUGUGGUCUGCGGGGCGGGCUGGUCGGUUGGCUGUUCACCUACUUGGUCAUGUUGAACUUUUUGAGGUCCGGUUUGUAUGUCACGAGCACGAAGUCCUUCUCCUCGUCGGUGUCCUCGAUCUCCGGCCCGCUGUGCUUGGUCAUGUUGUCUGUCCACGUCAUCUUGAACCGCCUGACACACACACACACACACACACACACAUACACAGCCGCCCUCUCCUCCCCUUUUCACUGACAGUCCCUUCUUCGCGUCGAGGCACUCGACGGUGAACUCGGUGCAGAAGACGUUUGUGAGUUUGGCGCCGAACCCGUUGCGGCCGUCUGUGACGCGUUCCUCAGUGUCGUCGUAGUUGUCCGAGGUGAGCAGGUGGCCGAAGAUGAGCUCGGGGACGUACAUAUUGUGCUCCUUGUGGAUCUCUACGGGGAUGCCGCGGCCGUCGUUCCACACCUUAAGGAGGGAGGACACAGAGAGAGAGAGAGAGAGAGAAAGAUCAAGAGCGGAAGAGUUGGGUGACACAUUGGCACACAGACACACCAAAACGGGGUGUGUGUGUGAGGGGUGUGUGUGUGAGGGGUGCGUGUGUACCCCAACGAGAUGGUGUUGUUGGCUGCGUCGAUGUUGACCUUGAUGGCCGUCAUAUUCAUCUUGUCAGCACCUGACACAGCACUGACUGCAUCCGACUGCCGCACUCGAGUCGGUGCGUACGCUGCAGGUUGUCCGCCGCAUUCACCAAGAUCUCACCUGCACCACACAACACAGCACCACACACCACAACACACAUCCAUGUCACCCAUUUCCCGGCAGAUCUGAUCUGCCCUCCCCUAUUACCGAAGAUCUUGUAGAUGCCGGGCACGUAGUCGAUGCUGCGAUAGACCAUCUUGUCCUUGGUAGCGUCGUAGACCCACAUGUGCUGCUGGUGGUGCUCGUUGCUGCCGACAUACAGGUCGGGCCGCAGCAGGAUGUGCUCGACCUGGGUCUUCUUCUGGUACCGCUCCUCUAUGCUCUUCUCCUUCGGCAU